GAGAGAAGGCGAGAACCCAAACGCUAGCGACGCUGCUAGCCAGUUUGCACCAAGGAUUGAUAACAAACUCGUGUUUUUGUUAUGGCUACAAUGUCUGGAACAAUAUCCACGAACCUCGCCUUUCCUGGGACCAGCCAGGCGACCCCGGGGACAUUUGCACAGCAGAGAAGAGAGAGCAGCCCCGCGGCGUGGUUCUGGGAGAGCGCGGACACCCUAGCUCAGCUGGAGGUGGCGCGGCAGUGGCUCGGGGGGAAACACUACAAAAAGUUCGUGCAGGCGGAGGCUCCGUCCUGCCAGGUCCUGGCUGCAGUCGCGCUGCAGCUGCUGCAGUUUCAUGAAGAUGCGUUUGGCAGACAAGCCGUCAGUCCCGCUCUCACUAAACUUCCCGCUCAUUGCUUCACGGACUUUCGAGCAGGAGGUGGACUCUGCCACAUUCUCGGCACUGCUUACAAGUUCAAGGUUGAACAGGGCUGGCGAAGGUUUGACUUACAAAAUCCAUCCAGAACUGAGAGGAACAUAGAAAUGUUUGGGGCUAUUGAAAAAACUCUAAUCCAGAACAACUGUAUGACUCUGCCUGUGGUAUAUCUGGACGCUAAUGUGGAUCAAGAGCUGGCCAGCCGACUGACUGGUAUCAUCACCAAACACCAGGGUUCCAUCACAGAUGACAGAACAAUUGCCAGCCAUCAUGUUUCAACAUCACCUGGUUCCACAGAGGAGGAUGAGUGGAUGCGUCCUGUUAUGAGAAAAGACACGCAUGUCCUGGUACACUGGGGGAUGCAUCCUGACAGUUAUGACAGUUGGCUGUCUUCAAGUGAUGUUGAAGGAGAGGUGGAAGAGCUGCUACACACAGAGAGACCAUGGAGGGUUCAUGCUGGUUGGGUUCUGGAUGCAGAUAUCUUCAAUGAGUGGAUGAAUGAGGAGGACUAUCAUGUAAAUGAGAGGAAUGUACCAGUGGUCCUUCGUCGGCAGAUUCACCUGCAGGAAGACCAGGACUCAAAGUCCAAAAAGAGAAGACGUUCACCCUCUCCCAUUUCCUCUGAAGGCAGGAAGAAAGGAAAGAAAGGGAGAAGGCGUGGGCAACAGGAAGAAGAACUAGAGGGAGACCUGACUAAAGAUAUGGAGGACCCCACUCCUGUGCCCAACAUGGAGGAGGUUGUACUACCCAAGAAUGUGAACCUGAAAAAAGACAGCGAGAAUACUCCGGUGAAAGGAGGGAUCAUGGCUGACCUUGAUGAUCAGGAAGAUGAUUUUCCAGGAAGGGACGAUGAGGAAGGAAGAGGUGACAUCCCACGCCUAUCAGAGGGCGAGGAAAACAUCACUGAACAAACCCAUCACAUUAUUAUACCAAGCUACACGUCUUGGUUCAAUUACAACAGUAUUCAUGCAAUAGAGAAACGUGCACUGCCAGAAUUUUUCAAUGGAAAGAACAAAUCAAAAUCUCCUGAAAUCUAUAUUGCAUAUCGUAACUUCAUGAUGGACACGUACCGACUGAACCCCCAGGAAUACCUGAGCUCAACGUCCUGCAGACGUAACCUCACGGGAGACGUUUGCUCACUCAUAAGGGUUCAUGCUUUUUUGGAGCAGUGGGGUUUGAUCAACUACCAAGUGGACGCAGAGAGCAGACCCCUCCCCAUGGGACCUCCUCCCACACCUCAUUUCAACGUCCUGGCUGACACACCCGCCGGACUGGCUCCGCUACAACACAAACCCCUACAGGUGUCGGCCUCCCAGCACAUGUUGUAUUUCCCAGAGAAGAGCCGAGAGAAACCUGCAGAGUGCCAGAACUUUGGGCUGCGCUCUGACAUCUACGCCAGGAAACAUCCGAAGACUAAAGGAGCAAAUGCAGGAAGGGAAUGGACAGAGCAGGAGACACUCUUGUUAUUGGAGGCCCUGGAGGUCUACAGAGAUGACUGGAACAAAGUGUCGGAGCACGUGGGCUCCAGAACACAGGACGAAUGUAUUCUCCACUUCCUCCGUCUGCCAAUAGAGGAUCCCUACCUGGAGGACUCAUCAGCCUCUCUGGGUCCGCUGGCGUUUCAGCCCGUGCCUUUCAGCCAAUCGGAGAACCCCGUUAUGAGCACUGUGGCCUUCCUGGCGUCUGUGGUGGAUCCACGCGUGGCAUCGGCUGCAGCUAAAGCUGCACUGGAGGAGUUUUCCAAAGUGCAGGAGGAGGCAGGAGAUAAAGCAUCUGAAGUAUCCAGCCAGUCAGAAAAAACAGAUCUAAUGGAUGCUGAAAAACUGGACUCCGAGCCCUAUCAGCUCCCAUUAAGGGUGGAUGGGGUCAAAAUGGAACCUGGCGUUUCAAAAAUGGAGGCAGAUGGAGUCAAAAGAGGACUCUCUGAAAAUAUGCUUGGAGAGGAGAGAGACGGUACGUGUGUCGGAAGGGUAGAUGAUGACGACAGCAUCGGCCGCCGGGAGGGAGAUGGCGACGAUGGGAGGAGAAUGAUGGAGCUGGACUUGGUGGAAAGCAGCGUUACCACAGCAGCAGCUGCUGCUCUGGCCUCAGCUGCGACAAAAGCCAAGCACUUGGCAGCAGUAGAAGAAAGAAAGAUCAAGUCCCUCGUGGCUCUCCUGGUUGAGACCCAGAUGAAGAAGUUGGAAAUCAAGCUCAGACACUUUGAAGAACUGGAAACCAUUAUGGACCGAGAGAAAGAGGCUUUGGAGCAGCAACGGCAGCAGCUCCUGCAGGAGAGGCAGACUUUCCACACUGAGCAACUGAAGCAGGCAGAGAUAAAGGUUCGCCAGCAGAGGGAGCAGCAGAGCCAGCCGGGUUACACAAUGCAGCAUUCAGGCCAGUCCUUACCCAACCGGAUGAUGCCUGGUGGAGGAAAUGCCCCGACCAUAACCCCUCGAAACCCUGGCGCUCCCAACGGCAUGUAUCCCUCCUCACAGCCUGAUGGGAUAGCACCGUCUCAAACUGGUCCUCCAUCUUCUACUCACAACUGAACAGACCUGAACACAAGACGCACCCCAAAAAAAAAAAGUGUCUUAAACCAGGACAAAUACCCCACACAAGUGUUCAGAAGCCACUGCAUAUUAUAAUUGAAGACUAUGUGCAUCCAGUCAACAAUUUAAGUUGUUUUCCUUAUACAAUUGCCUGUGAAUUAUUUGUGUUUUAAUGUCAAGAGUUGAUAAAUCUGAACUCAACUCAUUAAAGUUGCUUUUAUAUGAAACUGAAUGCUGUUUUCUCUCUCGUGGUGGUGGUUCGAGUGUAUGAAUGUGACUACUGUUUUUCUUUGGUCCAAUCACUGACCGUGUGGCCAGUUGUUGGAGGCUAAAGCCUGAUCAUGGUCAGGGUUACAGGCGGGGAUAAGAUGUGAAUUGAGGUUACAGUUUGGU